AUGGCGGGAAACGACUGGUCGUGCGAUGCCAACGAUGCGGUUCAUAUCACUGUCGUGCAGCCAGGCGACACCAAACCAAAGACACUCUCUACCUUCCAUCCACAAUUUACCUAUCCCAUCUUCGGAGAUGAUGAACAAAUUUUCGGAUACAAGCGUCUGGUGAUCCGUUUGCGAUUCGCGGCGCAUGACCUGCGUCCCCAUCUCCACAUCUCUUACGAUGAAAAGUUCAAGCCAGUUGGGGAUACCACAGCACUCGAUCUUCUUGAGACGCUGAAGCCAUUUGUUUCCCAAGAGGCCCUCAUCAAUUUGCCCGAAUACGAAAAAGCUGUCCAGGAAGAUGCCUCAGCAAAGGACUUUACACCGCCGGGUAAAAUGGUAUACAGCUAUGAGACAAACGAGAGACAAUAUGAGAUCUGGGCUGGAUCCCUGGCGGACCCGCAAGUUCGGCUCCUUUUGGAUCGCGUGCAGGUUUUGGUCUCAUUGUUUAUCGAAGCCGGAACUCCCUUAGAAACAGACGAUCCUGAGUGGAGUCUUGAACGAUGGACCGUUUUCUUCGUAUACGAGAAAGUGACACCCCCAACGCCAACCGCGUCCUCGUAUUCCAUUGUAGGCUAUGCGACGACCUACCGGUACUGGUAUUAUCAAAGAGACCGGUCCCAAAUUCCCACCAUCAAGAACGACGACUUCCCACCAGCAGAGAUUCAGAUUUCUGAGCUACCCGCUCGUCUUCGUAUCGCCCAGUUCCUCAUCCUUCCUUCACAUGCCCGCUCCGGGCAUGGAACCCACCUCUAUACCACCAUCCAUGCUUUCUGUAUCGCCGAUCCCACGAUUGGGGAAUUAACAGUUGAAGACCCGAAUGAACAAUUUGAUGCUCUUCGUGACUCGGCCGACUUCUGUCUCCUGCGGCCCGAAUUCCUCAAACAUGAUGUGAACCUCAAUCCGGAUCCGAAUGGGGCAUAUUCUAAAAAGCAACGGCCCCGCGCAGUGCCUACUGGGGCCUUGAUCCCGAGCAAAACACUGCUCGAUAUUCGCACUGCUUUCAAGAUUGAAUCCACCCAGUUCGCACACAUCCUGGAGAUGUUCCUUCUGAGCCAGAUCCCUAAGAGUCACCGUCUUGCUGGAGGAACUAACCUCGCCCGGCUAUUGAUUAAGAAGUACAAGGCAGAGGAUGUGAAUGAUCGGCGAUACUACUGGUGGCGCAUGCUUACCAAGCAGCGCCUGUACAAGAAGCACAAGGAACUUCUGGAUGAGUUAGAGUUGCUUGACCGCGUGGAAAAGCUAGAUGACACUGUCCGUAAUGUGGAGGAGGGCUACGAGAUCACUCUGGAGGCUCUAGAGGAACGCCUGGCAGAAUCAGAGGAUGAGGUUGCGGCUCCGGCUCUUAGUGGUAGCCGUCGCCAGAAGCGCAAGCUCGCUGUUGAGGAUGAUGACGAAGAAAAUGAAACGGAACUGGCCAAGCGCCCGAAGGUUUAG